UAUAAAAGCCCGCUUCGGCGCGUCUCGCCGCCACAGUCGCUUCCUGUUUUCGGCAAAGCUGUUGUUGCUGGGACCACAGUGGCCGCGAAGAUGGCGUCUACCAGCCGUUUGGAUGCUCUUCCAAGAGUCACGUGUCCAAACCAUCCAGAUGCAAUUUUAGUGGAGGACUACAGAGCUGGUGAUAUGAUCUGUCCUGAAUGUGGCCUGGUUGUUGGUGACCGAGUUAUUGACGUAGGAUCUGAAUGGAGAACUUUCAGCAAUGACAAAGCAACAAAAGAUCCAUCUCGUGUUGGAGAUUCUCAGAAUCCUCUUCUGAGUGAUGGAGAUUUGUCUACCAUGAUUGGCAAGGGUACAGGAGCUGCAAGUUUUGAUGAAUUUGGCAAUUCUAAGUACCAAAAUCGGAGAACAAUGAGUAGUUCUGAUCGGGCAAUGAUGAAUGCAUUCAAGGAAAUCACUACCAUGGCAGACAGAAUCAACCUCCCUCGAAAUAUAAUUGAUCGAACAAAUAAUUUAUUCAAGCAAGUAUAUGAACAGAAGAGUCUGAAAGGAAGAGCUAAUGAUGCCAUAGCUUCUGCUUGUCUCUAUAUUGCCUGUAGACAAGAAGGGGUUCCUAGGACAUUUAAAGAAAUAUGUGCCGUAUCACGAAUUUCAAAGAAAGAAAUUGGUCGAUGUUUUAAGCUUAUUUUGAAAGCUUUAGAAACCAGUGUGGAUUUGAUAACAACUGGGGACUUCAUGUCCAGGUUCUGUUCCAACCUGUGUCUUCCUAAACAAGUUCAGAUGGCAGCUACACAUAUUGCCCGCAAAGCUGUGGAGCUGGACUUGGUUCCUGGAAGGAGCCCCAUCUCUGUGGCGGCAGCAGCUAUUUACAUGGCCUCCCAGGCAUCAGCUGAGAAGAGGACCCAAAAAGAAAUUGGAGAUAUUGCUGGUGUUGCUGAUGUUACAAUCAGACAGUCCUACAGACUGAUCUAUCCUCGAGCUCCAGAUCUGUUUCCUACAGACUUCAAAUUUGACACCCCAGUGGACAAACUACCACAACUAUAAAUUGAGUCGGCUAAUAUGAAACUAAUGAACACAGAACUUUGCCUGUUGUAUAUAGCCAUACAAAGUGCUGGGCUGAGCCUUUGAUGAAGAAAAACACAAGACAUGGUACGCAUUCCAGGGCUAAAUAUUAUUGCUUGGCGUUCUGUAUGUAUAUACUAGUAAAGCAUAUUUAAUGAUUUAAAUUUCUUAUUGAAUUUGCUUUCUUUUGUAGCAAUCUAGGAAACUGUAUUUUGAAAAUAUUUGAAAUUAUGUAAUUCUUGAAUAAAACAUUUUUCAAACUAAACUUUUUGUUAUAAUUACAUGUUCUAUGUAAUUUAUAAUAUAUAAUUGCAAAUAAUGCAUAUUGUUACAGCUAGUAAAGCUGAUAGAGGUCCUUGUUUCCCAUUUUUCUUUUAUAUAUUUUUUGGAGGUUUUUUUAUCUUAAUAAAGUCACAAAAAUAGCAAA